UGCAUCCUGCAGGUACUUCGAUCAGUGUCCACAUCGCACCAUGUUGAGUCAAGUCUGCCGCUCUGGCUUCCAGCCAUUUAGCCAGCGUCUCCUGCCCUGGGCCCAGUUCACAGCUCUCUCCAGAUCUUAUCGUAUCCAGCCUUCAGCCAUCAGAAAUGUUCGUUCUUGGAGCAACAUCCCAUUUAUCACUGUGCCCCUCAGUCGUGCACACGGCAAAUCUUUUGCCCACCGCAGUGAGCUGAAGCAUGCCAAGAGAAUCGUGGUGAAACUCGGAAGUGCUGUGGUGACCCGAGGGGAUGAAUGUGGUCUGGCACUCGGACGCCUGGCGUCUAUUGUUGAGCAGGUGUCAGUACUACAGAAUCAAGGCCGAGAGAUGAUGCUGGUAACCAGUGGAGCUGUAGCUUUUGGCAAGCAGCGCUUGCGCCACGAGAUUCUUCUAUCUCAGAGCGUGCGGCAGGCUCUGCACUCGGGCCAGAACCAGCUGAAGGAGAUGGCAAUUCCUGUCUUAGAGGCCCGAGCCUGUGCAGCCGCGGGACAGAGUGGACUGAUGGCCUUGUAUGAAGCCAUGUUUACCCAGUACAGCAUCUGUGCUGCCCAGAUUUUGGUGACUAACUUGGAUUUCCACGAUGAGCAGAAGCGCCGGAACCUCAAUGGGACACUUCAUGAGCUCCUCCGAAUGAACAUUGUCCCCAUUGUCAACACAAACGACGCUGUUGUCCCCCCAGCUGAGCCCAAUAGUGAUCUCCAGGGGGUAAAUGUUAUUAGCGUUAAAGAUAAUGACAGCUUGGCUGCCCGACUGGCUGUGGAAAUGAAAACUGACCUCUUGAUUGUACUUUCAGAUGUGGAAGGACUCUUUGACAGCCCCCCAGGGUCAGAUGAUGCAAAGCUCAUCGAUACAUUUUAUCCCGGAGAUCAGCAGUCUGUGACAUUUGGAACCAAGUCGAGAGUGGGAAUGGGUGGCAUGGAAGCCAAGGUGAAAGCAGCCCUCUGGGCUUUGCAAGGCGGCACUUCUGUCGUUAUUGCCAAUGGAACCCACCCCAAAGUGUCUGGACAUGUCAUCACAGACAUCGUGGAGGGAAAGAAAGUCGGCACCUUCUUUUCUGAAGUCAAGCCUGCAGGCCCUACCGUUGAGCAGCAAGGAGAAAUGGCUCGAUCAGGAGGGCGGAUGUUGGCCACUUUGGAACCAGAGCAGAGAGCAGAGAUUAUCCAUCAUCUGGCUGAUCUGUUGACGGACCAUCGAGAUGAAAUCCUGUCAGCGAAUAAGAAAGACUUGGAGGAGGCAGAGGGGAGACUUGCAGCCCCUCUGCUGAAACGCUUGAGCCUCUCCACGUCUAAGUUGAACAGCCUGGCCAUCGGUCUGCGGCAGAUUGCUGCCUCCUCCCAGGACAGCGUGGGGCGUGUUUUGCGCCGGACCCGAAUUGCCAAAAACUUGGAACUAGAACAAGUGACUGUCCCAAUCGGAGUCCUACUGGUCAUCUUUGAGUCUCGCCCUGACUGUCUACCCCAGGUGGCAGCCUUGGCUAUUGCAAGUGGUAAUGGCUUGUUACUCAAAGGAGGGAAGGAGGCCGCACACAGCAACCGGAUUCUUCACCUCCUGACCCAGGAGGCCCUCUCAACCCAUGGAGUCAAGGAGGCCGUACAGCUGGUGAAUACCAGAGAAGAAGUGGAAGACCUUUGCCGACUAGACAAAAUUAUAGAUCUCAUCAUUCCACGCGGCUCUUCCCAGCUGGUCAGAGACAUCCAGAAAGCCGCCAAGGGGAUCCCGGUGAUGGGGCACAGUGAAGGGAUCUGCCACAUGUACGUGGAUUCAGAGGCCAGUGUCGACAAAGCCUCUAGACUAGUCAGAGACUCUAAAUGUGAAUAUCCAGCUGCCUGCAAUGCUUUGGAGACACUGUUAAUCCACCGAGACCACCUAAGGACACCCCUGUUUGACCAGAUCAUUGACAUGCUGAGAGUGGAACAGGUGAAAAUUCACGCAGGCCCCAAGUUCGCCUCCUAUCUGACCUUUAGCCCUUCGGAAGUGAAGUCCCUCCGAACUGAGUAUGGGGACCUGGAGUUGUGCAUUGAAGUGGUGGACAGCGUGCAGGAGGCCAUUGACCACAUCCACAAGUACGGCAGCUCCCACACGGAGGUCAUCGUCACGGAGAACGAGAAAACAGCAGAGUUCUUCCUCCAGCACGUGGACAGUGCCUGUGUGUUCUGGAAUGCCAGCACCCGCUUCUCGGAUGGCUACCGCUUCGGACUGGGAGCUGAAGUGGGAAUCAGUACCUCGCGGAUCCACGCUCGGGGACCAGUAGGACUGGAGGGACUGCUUACUACUAAGUGGCUGCUGCGAGGGCAGGACCACGUGGUCUCGGAUUUCUCAGAGCAUGGAAGUUUAAAAUAUCUUCACGAGAACCUCCCUGUUCCUCAGAGAAACACCAACUGAAAGCAGGCAGAGAAGAGCGGGGAAAUUCCCAGAGGUCCUCAUAGGCAGACUCGGCUUCAGAAUCUCGGGUGAGCCAGGCCCCGGAAAGUCUUCCUGUUGGAACGUACACCUGGGCUCCUGGGCUCAGUUUGGCAGCAUCAGUCUUGGUUAAUGACUCCAAAUCCAGCUCACUAUUUUCUUUUUCUUUGUUAAGUUAGAAAAUGAUUGUUAUGGGUAAGGACUUCGCUUAAUGGCUCCAGAUCAGGACUUUGCUUCUCAUGGUCCAGUUUUCUUCAGUGAUAGAAGCAGACAGGUCCAGUUUCCCCACAUAAGAGGCAAUGGAAAGAUUAUGGCCGCUUCUCCCCUUUUAUUGCCUCAGUGAGGUCAAGUCUCCCUUGGCAUUUGGUUGGUACUAGAGUCAGCCAUACCUACUGUUUCCACAUUUCUUUUCUUUCACAUGUAAUCAUCUUUGAAAAGGAAAGGUCUGGAACUUAGAAGAGGGGCAGCCUCUUCAGCAUUCUCAUCAAAAACAAUCACAAAAAUGGACCAAAUCAUUUCCCCUGGGAGGGCAAUCGUUGUAUUUAUUUGUGGAAUGAAUAUAAAUAAGCUUUCAGACGCUUUCUGGGCCCAGGAGAUUCAGCAGUACCCAUGAUGCAGUUGGGACCUGGAGGCGCAGAGUGUCAGGAUGAUGUAUCUACAACAUUUAUGCUUGAAAUUUUUAUACGAAUUAUUGUCAUCCUAUCUUUUCCCUCCAAAAUAAAAUUAGAGGAUUAUUUUAAUACUUUGGAUUCUUCCCCCUUUUUGAGAAAUAAAGUUCUUAUGAAAAGCCUA